UCGCUUCGCGGUGUGCAGUUUUUCUUUAAAUAUCACUCCGCUGAUUACCGCGUUUGCCUCGGGUCGGUUCGAAAUCGUCGCAGUACCGUAGCGUUGAGUGUGAAUGCGUUUUUGACUCGCCUUGGCCGUUUCGUCCGUCGUCGAAGUGCAUCGGAACUUUGGCAUUCGCGAAGGACCACCGCCGCACCGUAUGGCCAAUGUCCACCAGGUUGUGUUCUUUUGACUAUUUCUUUAUUUUGGUUGACUGCCGGGAAGAUUAAUCGGAUUUUUGAGUUUCGAGCGAGCUUGCUGCUUAUCAGUUUUGAAAAAAAGCGAAGUCGCACUUAUCAACUGCGUCGUCGACGACGACGUCCCUGGGUGCUAGUCUGUGCAACGGUUUUGACCUAUAGAAGAUGAUUUAUUUCGGGAUUCGACGGCUGCUUGAUUCGUGUUACAACACUGCAAGUAAACAUGAUUGCAAUCGGUUGCAUUUGUGCCCGUACGCACUGAGGUGGUGAUAGUUUAUGUAAGUGAUAAAUAGGGAGAAAUUGCUGCAUCCCACUUGGUUGUGCGAAUGUUCCGCAAAUGGAGUGAUGUUGAGAAAACUUGUUGCAUUCCCAAAGCAGAAAACAACAACAACAACAACAGCAGCAGCAAUGUGCCGGAGUGUGUGUGUUUGAAUUCGCUGGCAGAUGGAAGCACAAAGUGUUUGAAUUUGAUCUAAUAAAAGUGACAAUGUACUGAGCGUGUUGUUUUGCAUCGAAUGUAAGGCGCAAUGUUACUGGCUGCAAUGCAAUCGUGUGUGCACUCGGACCGAAAGUAGGUUUUAAUACUGACCUUCUGUGUACUUGCAUCGAGCGUCUCCGCCGCCGCCGCCGCCGCCGCCACCACCACCACAGCACCACCGCCGUCGAGUUCGUCGAGUUGAUUGACAGCACAUGAAAGCACGCUGCACGUUCGCGUUUGUUUGGUGCUCUUUUUUUUUUAACUUCAAAGUGUCAAGUUUUGAUUGUGUGAUCAAUAAGGGCCUGCAGAAGGGUUUUAAACGAAGGAAGUGCAUCCAAACAACAAAGUAGUUGAAAGCCGGAUGAUGGUCAGGAGGAACCUACCUUCGAAGCAAGUACGAAAAAGGCAAAAGCGAGAAAUGUGUUCCUAGUGGGUAGUGCAGGCAGUGCAUAAUAACAGCGCAACGUAAGGUAUCGGAAAGCCAAUUUUCAAGUAUCAAACGAGUAAACGACGGGCGAGCGAACGAGCGAGUGAAUACGUCCAGAGAGUCGGGGGGUUGACGGUAGCAGAGGACACAUCAGCCAGGGGGGGUGGCAGGCAGUAUGCAAUGCAACUUUGUACGGAGAGAAACGCGCUCGAGUUGAAUCGAGCACUGAAAGGCUUUUUUUAUCGAUUUUAUUUUUGCUAAGGUUAUGGGAUUUAAAAGUGAGAAAUAGUGAUAAACGUACUACAAGCCUUGCUGCUACUGUCGUUCAAUGUUUUAAUCAGCAGAUUUCAUCGUUCUUACCUUUUUGUAGCACAACGGGUAACCUCAUAGGAUAUUAAAUAUCGAAUCCAAACAGGAUCUUCUAAUCCAUCGCGUGCGUGCACCUCCGUGUCUGGAGAACAAUGUUGCAAACUUGCAGCUUCCAAGAGGGCUGUUCACUUUCCCGCCACGGUUGCAGCGACCUAGAAAUACCCGUAGUAAAUGUUUUCUGAAUGCAUCGUCUCCGAAGAGUGUGUUGGGUGCAUUGUCUCUCUGACUGACCUGAUCCCGACAAUAUCGAGCGCUACUGUAGAGUGCGAUAUUCCGUGAGUUCUUCACCGGCGAUAGAGAAGCCCUGACGCGCGCUUCCGGACGAUUGUAGCUCGGUCAACAUUGUUGUUAUUUUCCCAUUAAGAUUUAUAGAACGUAGUCGGAUCCACUGACUGCUUCCGCCGAUUCUCGGUUCGGUCCAUAGCUAGCGAUUGAGUAUUAAAGCGGAAGUAAUUAAAAAAAAAAAAAACACUUGGUUUAUCCCUGUACGGUUGAUGGUUUCGCAAGAUCGCUGGAUGGAGACGAUGUCCGAAUCGGGGUAUGAAUGCAGGGGGGACGGAAACGGAGCGUCCAGCAGCAACACGCUGAACCCGCGGACACCGCCCAACUGUGCCCGCUGCCGCAACCACGGCCUGAAGAUCGGCCUGAAAGGGCACAAGCGCUACUGUAAAUUUCGCAGCUGCAAUUGCGAGAAGUGCUGUCUCACCGCCGAACGGCAGCGGGUCAUGGCCCUGCAGACGGCCCUACGCCGGGCCCAAACCCAGGACGAGCAGCGGGCGCUUAACGAUGGCGAAGUACCUGCCGAAUCGGUACAUAACAUUCACAUACCCAAAUUAUCAGAACUAAAAGAGAUGAUGCAUAAUUCUCAGCAGAGAUCGUUGAUCGACUGCGACUCGUCCACCGGAUCGAUGAACUCCACCCCGGGCAGCUCCACGAUGGCGCUGGCACUACACCGAAGAUCACCAGGCGCCGGACCGGUCCAUCCCAGCGAGGCACAACACAUUACAGCCAACCACUCCAGCGUAUCACCCGAACCCGCCAACAUAUUACCAGUCGCCCCUACCAUGCGAGUACAGCAUCACGGUCCAGACUCGGGAACAGGUAAUCUCCGAUCUGCUGUUUCAAAGAUUAUUUUUCCAGAUGAUGAACUGGUAAAACGAUCUCAGUUUUUGCUGGAAAAGCUUCACUACCCGUGGGAGAUGAUGCCCUUGAUGUACGUGAUACUGAAGGGUUCCAACGGGGACGUCCACAAAGCGCACCAACGGAUCGACGAAGGUCAAGCCGUGGUCAAUGAAUACUCACGAUUGCACAAUCUGAACAUGUUCGACGGUGUGGAGUUGCGCAGUAUGACACGCCAGUCCGGAUGA